AUGAAACACACUUUAAAGAAUCAAAUAAACUAAAGUAAAACUUCUAUGAAUCAUUAUGAUUUAUAAUCAAUUGAACAUAAUAAGGAGAAUAGAUUAGCUAACAAAAUAAUAUCAAGUAUAGAAAGUAAGAUUUCAUUUGUCAGCAAAUUAAAAACAAGCUCAUUUGAAAAUCAGAAAAAAUUGAGUUAAGACACUUAGAACGAUAAUAAUAAUAAUAGAGCAUUAAAAAAUCCAAAAUUAUAGGGGAAUUCAUAGACGAUGAUAAAAAAACCAUUUUGCAGAAUUAACAACAUUUUGGCAAUUUACACAGAGGAUAAAUAAGAAGAAUAACCUAAAAAACCAAUCAAAAGCAAUUUAGAUCUAAAUUAAUUGUGUAAUCAGGAUAUAUAAAUUGGAAAUUUUAGAUUGGAAUCAUUUUUGGGCUAAGGUUCCUAUGCAACUGUAAGAUUAUGUAUUGAGAAAAAUAGUAAAGUCAAAUAUGCAAUUAAAAUAUAUGAUAAAAGUAAAAUUAAUGACAAUCAAAAAAUGAACAAUAUCAAAAGAGAAAUCUCAAUAUUAAAAAGAAUCAAUCAUAGCAAUAUCAUUAAAUUGAUUUAUGCAAUUGAAGAUAGAAAAUCAAUUAACUUAGUAAUGGAGUACAUUUCUAAUUAGUCACUAGCUGUUUAUGUUAAAUCCAAAACCAAAAGGCUACUGCCGAUUCAAGAAGGUUUAUACAUAUUUCAAUAAUUGGCCAAUGCAAUCAAAUACUUACAUAGCAAAAAUAUAGCACAUCGAGAUAUUAAAAUGGAAAACAUCCUUCUAUUGACAGAUAAUUAUGUGAAAUUAAUUGAUUUUGGAUUUUCCAUUUGCAUUUAAGAUAAUUAAAAAGUUAAUGUUUUUUGUGGAACUCCAAGCUAUAUGUCUCCUGAAUUAGUUACAAAAGUACCUCACAAUCCUUUAUGCUCAGAUAUUUGGUCGUUAGGAAUAUUGCUAUAUAGAAUGCUUUUGGGGGAAUAUCCUUUUAAAGGACACAAUGAUAAAGAGUUAUAUAAAGCUAUUCAAUAGAAUAAAGUUAAGAUGCCAAACGAUAUGAAUUAAAAUAUUACUAAUUUAAUUAAGGGUUGUUUAGAGAAAAACGUUAAUUAAAGAUUUACGAUAGAAUAAAUACUAUGCAACCCUUUAUUUUAAUAAACUGUGAAUAUAUAUGCAUUAUCUUGA